CCCACCACCUUUGACCCUUCAUCCCUCGGAUAAAAUAGCGUGUGAAACCCUCCAAAAUUCAAACAUUCUUAUCCGAAAUUCCAGCUUACUCUCUUUUCAAAUCACCCAACAAUUCACCAAACCCAGAUCUCCAAAUCCAAAUCCAAGAACAGUCAGACGCUCAAAAUCCCAGUAAUGGAGGUGAAGCUCCGAACGGCACAGUCCUUAGUCUCGAAGCUGAGCUCCGUCUCCGAACAGACCCGAUCCGAAGCCCUGAAGGAGCUCCGACUCAUCACCAAGCACGACGCCGACUGCCGCCCCAUCGUCGCCGACGCCGGAGCCAUCCCAUACUUGGCCGAGACUCUCUUCGGCUCCUCCCCUGACUUCCAAGACGACGCCGCCGCCACUCUCCUCAACAUCUCCAUCUCCUGCCGCCACUCCCUUAUUUCCACGCGCGGCCUCCUCGACGCGAUCUCCCACGCGCUACGCCACCACAGCUCCCCGGGCACCUGCGCCACCGCCGUCCAGUCCGCCGCUGCUACGCUCCAUAGCCUGCUCGUCGUGGACGACUACCGGCCGGUCAUCGGCGCCAAGCGCGACAUUGUGUACUCGCUGAUCGACAUCGUCAAAAACCCCAAGUCGCCGCCGCGGUCGGUGAAGGACGCGCUCAAGGCUCUGUUCGGGAUCGCUCUCUGCCACUCCAAUCGGACCUCGCUGGUGGAGCUCGGGGCGGUUCCCGCGCUUUUCACACUGGUGGUGAACGACGGCCGCCUCGGGAUCGUGGAGGACGCCACGGCGGUGAUUGCUCAGGUGGCAGGGUGCGAGGAGAGCGGCGACGCGUUCCGGAAGGUCGCCGGAGUUAGGGUUCUGGUGGACCUUCUUGAUUUCUCGACCGGAUCGAGCUUUAGGAGCAGGGAGAAUGCGGUGUCGGCGCUGCUCAAUCUGGCCCGGUGCUGCGGCGAGAGGGUCGCGGCGGAGGUGAGGGAGGAGGGAAUGGGGGUGGUGGAUGGGAUUGCUGACGUGGCGGAGAAUGGGGGGCCGAAAGGGAAGAGUAAAGGAGUGGCGCUGUUGAGGGUGAUUGAUGGCGGGAAUCAAAGCAUUUCGAGUUUAUUCAGAGAUCCGCGGUUUGAUUCUUUACUAAGACAAUCUUCCUUGAAUUGAUUCAGAAUACAGGAACGUUGCUGUUCGUGUUUGUUGUUUACAUGGAAAUGGUUCAUAAUACUAAUUGGAGGUAGUGCUGGUAUUUGCAUUGUAGAGUUUUCUAUGGACCUAUGCCAAUGACGGGUAUGUUGUAAACUUGUGAUGGGUCGGGAGAAUGUGUAUUGACUAGGGUCUUGUUCAGAAGAACUAUACGUCCGCUCUAAAUUUAUUAGCUUCUGUACAUAUGCAGUCGAACUUAUUAGGUUGUUGUAUGAUUAUGCCAUCAAAUUCGAUUAUACUUAGGCUGUCUGGUAUCAGGGUUAAAAUAUGAGGUGAGUGACAUGUCCCAACUUCGAUUCUGAUAUGCUCUAGGUAACCUGCUAAAUGUUGCUUUACUUUGUUGGUCGAUAGCAAUGUCUAGACUUCUAGAGGGAAGCAAGUGUAAAGUCUAUAUUGAUGCCAUGGAUAUAGUUGAUAAUAAGUUUCUUGUAGUCCAA